UCGACAGAUCCUGCCGCAGUCUGCUCCCUCCCGCACCACCCUCCUCCGCCCUCCCGGCAGUCGCCGCCGCCGCCGCCGCCGCGUCUCCCGUGUCCUCUGCCUGUGUUUCCUGGUCCUGCGCCGCCGCUCCCGCUUGUUCUCUUCGACCCCGGCCUUGAGGUAACGCGUCCAGGGCCAAGCCGCUGGGCCCUCCGCCCCGAGCGCCUUCCCUCAGUGCUCGCCCCGGUGGGUGUGGCCCGGCCUGCCCUGUGCCCUACUACUGCACUUCGGUUUCUUCUCGCUCGCCUCCGCUACAUUUCGGCCUCCUCCCCUGGCCCCUAGCUCCCCGCCCCCACCGCCGGAGACCGAGCCCCUGAGCUAGUCAAGAUGUCCGAGGCGGCAGGAAAUCUCAAUAGCCUCCGCAUGGCGAAUGUGGCCCUGCGAGAAGAAUUAAAUGCCCUUCGCGGGGAGAAUGCCAAUUUGGGCCUUCAACUGGGAAGAGCCCUGGCCGAGGUUAAUUCCUUGCGGGGCAAUGUCUCCAGCUACGUCCGCUGGCCAGUGCCCAUAGUACCCCUUAUUGCGGAGGAGAACUUUGACUUCCCGCUCAAUGAGAUCGACGCCGUUCCCGAGGGAGAGGUGCCCUUCUUGUGUUGGCCUCCCCCACGCACAGAUCCCGAGUAUGUCUCGGAUGAUCUUUUGAUUAACGUGAUCCAGGACUACAGCAACCCCGACGGGGUCAGUGAUCCUCCUCUGCCGCCCAGCCCACCCCCGCCAGAGCAGCCCUCACCCCCAGCGUCAAAGGAGCCGCCCCCGCAGCCGCAGCCGCAGCCGCAGCCGCAGCCGCAGCCCCAGCCCCAGCCGCAGCCCCAGCCCCUUCUGCCACCAUUGGAGAGGCCUAACAUACGGCUCUUUUCUGGCGAUCCAGUCUACCUGGCUGAAUUCCUGAUGCAGCUAGAGACCUUCAUAGCUGACCAUGAGGAUCAUUUCCCUGGGGGUGCUGAGCGGGUGGCCUUUCUGAUCUCCUUUUUCACUGGUGAAGCGAGGGACUGGGCCAUCUCUGUCACCCAGGAAGGAAGCUCCCUGCAUGCCAACUUCCCGCGCUUCCUGGAUGAAAUCCGUAAGGAAUUCCGUGGCCCCAUACCCCCACGAGUGGCUAGAAAGGCCAUACGCAAGCUCAAGCAGGGAGACUGUACCCUGGGCAGCUAUGCAGAUGCUUUUCAGUUCCUGGCCCAAUUCUUGUCUUGGGAUGACUGCCGCCUCCAAAAUCAGUUCCUCAAAGGCCUGUCGGAAUAUUUCCGAAAGGAGCUCUUAUGGUCAACUGAAAUGGCCGACCUGGAUGAGCUGAUUCUUGAGUGUGUGGAGAUAGAAAGAAAAGUGCGUAUCCCCAAGCCAAUCAAGCUCCCUGGGGUGCGCAAUGUCGUCCCUCCUUUUGCUCCCACCCCUGAUGAGGAAGAUAUUAUUGAUGAACAGCGCUACCAUGAGGAUGAUGAAGAUGGGAUAUGCAGGCACAGCUCUUCCCUGAAGGACCAGGACAUAAGGGCUUUCGGGCAAGAGGUGAUAGAGGAGGAGGAGGAGGAGGAGAAGAUGAGGGAGGAGGAAAAGAAGGAGGAUGAGAAGGAAGAGGAGGAGGAAGAGGAGAUGAAACAGAAAGAGGAGGAGGAGAUGAAGAAGAAUGAGGAUGACAAUGAGAAUAAGGAUGAGGAAGAAGAUGAAAUUGAGGUGGGGAGCCAGGAACCAGAGCAGGAGCCAGAACAGGAGCAAGAGAGGGUGCCAUUGUUUGAGGAGAUGUUUGGUGAGAUGGGCCAUGAGCACCACCAUCACCACCACAUUCACCACCACCAUAAUGGGAUCCAUGUGAUAGAAGAACUGAUGGAGAUGGAGGAGCCUGUUCUUGUUGACACUUCAACCCAGACGAUUAGCACAACCAUUGGCUACCAUGCUGAGAAUUUCCUGGGUACAUCACCUCCCAUAAUACAGCCCAGCAGACGGAGGAACCAGAAUCGAGUCCCACUUCUGGAGGGCCUUCCAGGUACCAAUUCACCAUUCUACAGCUCUCCACCACUGAUUCGCCGUGCCGGUCGCUUGGGGCAACGCCAAAUUCGAAGACGUCCCCCGGUGCUAUUCCGCCUUACUCCAAGACAGGGGGGCCACCGAGCUGCUCGUGGCCGAAUUCGCGUGUGAGUGAUGGGGCAAACUGGCCACCUGGAACACACCCUUCUACUGCGUCCCCUGCCCCUGCUAUUGCUGCCACACUUGCCCCAUGUACUGACCAGUCGUUAAGGGAGUUCCAGACCUGCCCAACCUGAAGAAGACCUGCAGAGUUCUAGACUGUCUUGCAACCAUGAUCAGAGAGUGACAUGUGCUCAGCCAAGGCCACCUGGGAAAGGAUAGGAUAGCAAAAGCUGUCCUCUUGGCAUAUACUCUGCUCAGUCCUGCCACAAGCUAGAGAGCAGGUUUCUGGGCCUGUUCUCGUGAAUGAACUGGUCACCCUUUUGUAUUCCCCUCUAGUUGUGCCCAGCCUCUCCUGCGUUUAUUCACCCUGUGUUCUACAGUUUUAUCCUCCAACUGGCUCACCAGAACUUCACCCAAUGCCUCACUGAUCUGCCCCAAUGAUUGAAAGGACAAGCUACAUUGAACUCCUAAAGCCACUGAGGCCACUUACUAAAUAUAAUGGACAGUGAGCAGGACGACACCGGGAAAUGUGCCUAGAAGGCUAUGCUUGUUUUGUGCUACACCUCCAGCAGAAGGGCCUGGAAGAGGACCUACAUGUAGCCCAGUGAGAGUGUGCAAAGCCACAUGUAAAAUUGACAAUUUGAGAUUUGUUUGUCCUUAACUGACUGUGGCAAGCUGCCUCCACUUCCAGCACUUGAGUUCAUCUUUCUUCAGACUCCUAUAUUAGGGCCCUUGGAACGGCUUGGCCAAAUCUGGGGCCUUCUCCUCUUACUACACUGUCCUCCUGGACAUCCCCAGAAUACAGCUUGACAUGGCAGGCCCCACCCCUUUCCUUGAUGGUGCCUAAAGGGGCAUUUGGGGUGGUGGAAUAGGAGGAGGAAGAGGGAGAAACCACAUGACUGCUUCAAAUCCUACAGAGUAAAUUUCCUUAGGGAAGAGGGUCUCCUUCCCCAGCCAAAGGUCUCUGCCAGCAACAUUCUGUCCUAGAGGCACCCCACUAACCUUCCCUUCCAAGAUAAACGGCCUGCUCCUUAACUCCCUCCAACUCUUAAGGAGGAGAGUUGGAAGGUUGCCUCUACAGAGAUUGUACCCACUGCAGCCUUGCAUCUUGGACACCUGCUUGGCUCUCACAUGGGGGUGAGUCUCUGGGCUGUUGCUGUACUUUGACUGGACAGUAAGGCUGAUGGUGGUGCUGCCUCUUAGGCAUUCCUGGGACUCCUCAGUACAAAUCCAGACAGGUGCCCUUAUAGAGAGACCUGCUGUUUGCCUUGGGUCCAGAAAACACUGCUUCUGCAGUGAAAAAUACACAUUUACUAUGUCAGCUCUGGCCAUGAAAUGCCAGCCAAAUCCACUCCUUGCCUGAACUGCCCCUGGACACUGAACUCUCUGCACAGUGCCUGGCAGCUGGGCAAGUGCAGCCAAAGUGUCUGUGGCCAGAGGGAAGAAAACAGUGAAUGAAGUGUCUGUUCCACACCGGAGUCUGAAGAUAACCUCAGCCCAGCCUUGGGAUUUGGGGCCUAGAGGCCAGAGGAAGGAGCUGGAGGAAGAGGAGUCACAGAGAUCCAGUCCUCAGACUGGUUUCGGCUUAUUUCCUCGGGAGAGAGUUCCAGAAGGGGAACAGCUAUUCAUCGAGGCUGUGGAUCCUGUUUGCUGAUGUCAACAUGCUGGCCCUGCUGUCUAUGAACUUGUGGAGAAGUGCAAAGGACAGGUGCCUUGCACCCCCACUUCCAGGGACCCCUCAGCACAGGCCCUGCCUGUUCCCAUGGUGCUCACCCUGAACCCUUGCAGCCUCAGCCAGGGAGAGAGUGGAUGAGCAGUGAGCUGGUUUCCGGGCCUCUAGGGGCAGAGGGGGCUUGGGCUUCCCUUUGACCCUCUCCCCGCUUUCCCAGAUCUUCAAUAUUUGUUGUGAUGUGACAGCCACAAGAGCUGUAAGAGGAACUAUGAGCUUUGGGUGUUUCCUUGGGUUGAAAGAGGGGUGGGGGGUGGGUGGGAAAUGCAUGCAGGGGUAUGAAGGCAGCCCAAGGAUUCCCAGAGGCUCGGGAGGAAACCCCCUUGAAAUAAAUGUGUUAUUGUUAUUAUUGUGUUAUUGUUGCACUACUGUGUUGUGAAGAUAAGAAAUUGCUCUGUACGCUAAAGCUUCUCUCCUCAAUAAAAAUAUAAAGGGUGUGUAAA